GUCACACACUCUCCGCGGGCGGGCGCCUUGCCUGUUUUCUGAACUGAGCCUGAAGACUGUGUUGGCUCAUGCAGCUGAGCCCGGUGGGAUGGUCAGGCCGUCAGGUUUUUUAAAUGGUUUUUGAGAACCUUCUCCAGACCAGACCGUUUCCCGGCACAACCAAGUCACCUGAAAACCAGUGUUGAGCAGUUCUGGAAAACCCUUUCAGAACAAUAGGCAACUUGCCACUGUAGAAUAGAUGGGGCUAGAGAGAUGAAGAGGGAGGGAAGAAAAUAUCUCUAGUUUAUAAAUUAAUAUAUUAGAAAGGACCAUUAUGAUCAUCUAGUGUGACUUUAAUGAGUUGUUUCCCUGAUUGAAGGAUCUUUCCUGCAGAAGAAGAGCCUCGGUCACAUUACUACUGUUUUGACUCCUGGAUCUGUACUGACUGGCAAUCUUAGUUUAAAGCAAAGUUCCAGUGUCAGUAUGUCCAGGCGCCAUGGAGUCCCCUGGUUGCUCACCUGAGUAGUGCUGAUCUGUCAGGCUGGAUGUUGCCUCCUGGAUUCCAUAGGAGCAGCGGGGAGUUUCAGCCAUGUGCGUCCUUUCAGCAAUAAAUCAAACCUUGACCAAGGUUAUUGUGAAAGAAAAAGAAAAACAAAUAGUCUUAGUGUUUGGAGCCUUUCUUCAGAAAGCCUCAUAGCUACGCUGCCUGUUGAUACUAUUCCAGAAAACUCAAUUCGUAAAGUACGAGACUGCAUUUUUUCAGUAGCCUAUCCUACUCCUUUUAUAUCUAGAGUUCUUCUUGUAGCAGUUUCAAAGGAUGUUCUUGAAGGUAUUUUGGACCUUGAUGUAUCUGUCAAAGAAACAGAUGAUUUUCUCCAGCUUGUCAGUGGUGGGAAAGUGGUUUUAGGGUCUAUUCCUCUGGCCCAUAGGUAUGGAGGCCAUCAGUUUGGUAGCUGGGCAGGUCAGCUGGGUGAUGGAAGAGCCCACUUGAUUGGAGUGUACACAAACAGGUAUGGUGAGAGAUGGGAAUUACAGUUGAAAGGUUCAGGAAAAACUCCAUAUUCAAGAAAUGGUGAUGGAAGAGCUGUGCUUCGCUCCUCUGUGCGAGAAUUUUUGUGCAGUGAGGCCAUGCACUACCUUGGAAUUCCUACAAGCAGAGCAGCUAGCUUAGUUGUAAGUAAUGAUGAUGUGUGGAGAGACCAGUUUUACAAUGGAAGUGUUAAAAAAGAAAGAGGUGCAAUAGUCCUGCGUGUUGCCAAAUCGUGGUUUCGUAUAGGUUCCUUGGAAAUUUUAGCUUAUUCUGGGGAACUGGACUUGCAAAGGACACUGCUAGACUUUGUCAUACAAGAACAUUUUCCAUCAGUAAACAUGAAUGAUUCAAAUAGAUAUUUGGACUUUUUCUCUAGAGUGGUGUUGGAGACUGCAAAUCUGAUUGCAUUGUGGAUGUCAGUGGGCUUUGCUCAUGGUGUGUGCAAUACAGAUAACUUCAGUUUGUUAUCCAUAACAAUAGAUUAUGGUCCAUUUGGUUUUAUGGAGUCCUAUGAUCCAAAUUUUGUUCCAAACACAUCUGAUGAUGAAAGGAGGUAUAAAAUAGGAAACCAAGCAAAUGUUGGGAUGUUUAAUCUGAACAAGCUGUUACAAGCUCUAAAACCUGUAUUGGAUCGCAGACAAAAGCAGCUUGCUUUCCAGAUUCUGGAGGGAUACUCUGAGCAUUAUUAUACCCGUUUUACAGAACUAUUUAGAGCAAAAUUGGGUCUCCUUGGGGAGAGUGAGGAUGAUAACUAUUUGAUUGCAUUUCUCCUAAAACUCAUGGAAGAUUCAAAGGCUGAUUUUACAAUGGCAUUUCGGCAGCUCAGUGAGAUUACUCAAGACCAGCUAAAAGAGCUCCGUAUUCCUCAGGAAUUCUGGGCUCUGCAGGACCUUGCUGAACACAAGUUCUUUUCAGACUGGGUUACUAUAUACCUCUUGAGAUUAGGACGUAACAUGGGUGAUUCAGACAGUACAAGAAGAAAAAGAAUGACAGCUAUCAAUCCUAGAUAUGUACUUAGGAAUUGGAUGGCAGAAUCAGCAGUACAAAAAGCUAAAAUGAAUGACUUUUCAGAGGUUCAUCUCCUGCAGGAAGUUUUACAACAUCCCUUUCAGAGGCAAGCAGCAGCAGAGAAAGCUGGCUAUUCACUACGCCCACCUUCUUGGGCCAAAGACCUUAAAGUCAGCUGUUCAUCCUGAUGAAGAGCAGCUGAAGCAAGAGAAAAUGUGUGGGGUCAGAGCUCAACCCUUCAAACUGGUGUGGGGGAACUAGGCAACACUACCUGCUUUCUCACUGUAGGCGUGGUUCUUUCCGAUCUGCUGUGUGAAAUUUUGACCAGGUUUGUCAAGCGAAAUGGAGCUCUGCGUGGUUCUAUCAGUAGGUCAUUUGCUGGCAUUUCUAGCUCUGACCCACAUACCUAUUUAUGCAUUAAUUUGUGUCCUAGAGAAAAUAGAGUUCAGUCAGGCUGUCACAUUAACCUCCCCAAAUCCAUCCUCUUAGUGCUGUGUCUUGAUUAGUUGCUUCUAGAUAAGUUUAAAAUUUGCCUGACAUAGUUUUAAUCAUGGAAUAUUUUAAUUAAUGUCCCCACUAGGUGUGACACACUGUUCAAAUAUAAUUAUAUUCUGUUCUGAAUAAGGUAUUUGGAGAUUUGAAGCAGGAAGCAAAUCCAGAUCUUAGCUGGACAGGAUUAGUAUUGCAAAAUGGUUCCUUACUAAGCUUUAUGCAGGUGACCUCAUUGCUUCCCAUUAAACUGCCAAAUAGUUUUUUAAGGAAAUUAAAUUAAAUGGUGAGCAAAUUUAUCUAUGGAAUGAAUUGUCCAAGACUAAAGUGGGAUGUUCUUUGUAUACCCAGAUAUCUAUGGGCUUAGCUCACCCCACUUCCAAUUUUUAGCAUUUGACAGCAUUAAGAUUUAUUUUGUACUGGUGUAAUUCCUCAGGGAAUGUCUACUAGCUGGACAUGGACUCUUCCUGAAGAUAACUCAGUAUAUAAAUUUAAAUUAGAUCAAGAUGCCUUUCAUACACACUUUCCAGCUGUGCAGUGGAAGUCUAGCAAAAAAACGCUGGAAAAAAUGGAGAUAUUGCUGAAAGUGUGUCACUUAACAAUCCAAUGGAUAAAUAUGUAGAGAUGCUAGUCUUCCCAUCCUUAGAGAUUGAGAUUGCCUUCCAUUAUGAGCCUUUAAUUUCAUAAUUAUAAUGUUAUGGAAGGGUAGUAUUUUUCUAGAAUGUUUAAGGUAAAUUAAAUUAUUUGGAAGAUCUGAGGGUUCAAGAAUGAGGUGAUCUUGUUACCCUAAAAUUUUAGACCCCAGUUAUGUUAGCCUACGAUAGCGCUUAUAAUUUAACUAAAGGGUAACAAGGUUGUGGUUGCCCUAAAAGAAUUGCCAGGAUGUUACCAGGGGGCUUGUCUCAAAUCCAGAGGGCUCCCCAGAGAAAGCUAGUCUUACUAACCCCUAAAAGGACACACAUACAGCCUUCCGCUCAAGGAUGGACACACAGCAGUAAUUCUUUGAAAACAAAAGAAUUGUCUAUUUAAAGAAAUAAUUGGUUAUUUCAAUGUGUUUAAUGAAGCAAGAGAGAAUACAUAGACUGUAGUAAAAUGCAACAGAAUUACAUUUAAAAGCGACGCAAUAAAAUGAAAGACACAGACUAUAUAGGAUAACUAUCACAUACAGGAAAUACAGUAGUUUCAAUAUAACAUGCGCAUAGAGAUUCCCAUAUACACAAAGGCUUUUAGCUUUAGUGAUACAGUUUAACCCUGUACUUAAUACCAUGUGGUAUACGUGACCUCUGUACACAUAUGAAAAACCAUUACCGUAUUCACAGAUUAAAAAUAAACAUUUACUUGACAUCAACAUUAACUCUUAACAUUAAACAUUUAACAUGCUGUAAGCGCUGGCCAAGCGGUUACAAGACGGGUAAGGGAGAUCUCAGUCAAGAUGCAGGCAUCCAGCUUUAUUUACAAACAAAUCUUUACACUCUUAAAUAAUAGGUUGGAAAGAAGAUCAGACUUGAACUUUUUAUUCAAAAUUUCCCUCUGACCCAUCUAAUUGGUCCUUCUGCUCUGUCUGGUUUCCAGAAGUAUGGGCUCCACAGCUGUGCUGUUGCUCAGUCGGGCUGCAGAUGCAAUGGCGGUUGCUGCUCUUCUGUUGCUGUUGGCAAAGUAGCUGCUAGCAGGCAGUUGCUCGUUGUCACGGCAACCUUAGAAUUCUACUGCUGCUGCUGUUUUUCCAUGUAGUUGCUUUUCAGGUAGCUGCUUUUCAGGCUGUUUAGUUCUUCUUUUCAGGCAGCUUCCGUUCUUAUGCAAAGCUUCAAACCCACUACCUUCAGCCUGUUAGCUGAAAGCCUCCUACAAUCUCAGCCUGCUGUCAAACCCACUACAUACUCAGCCUGCUGGCUGUCGGCCUUGUAUACUAGUUGCUCUCUCAAGUUCAGAUCCUCUCAGCCAAUCAGCUUCUAGCUUUUCAGCUCCUCCCCACGACAUCAUACUUAUUUUUAGGUAGGAAAGCUCCUCCCCGAUGCCAUCUUAGAUUCUAGACCUUUCUAAGCUCCUUUCUCUAACGCCAUCUUGUUUGCUGGAACUUUCCCCUACCUAAAUUUGAACUAUGUCAUCACCAUCCCUGCCAUUUUGAUCAGCCAUGUUGGAUUUUCUAAAUUUAAACUGUCAUUAAUUUCUACUUAAUUAGAGCCUUAAUCUUAAAACUAAUUACUCUUUUAUGCAAACCAAAGUGUUCUGAUACUGUCGCCACCUUAAUUAUAUCAAUUGGAAGAAGUGAAUUCUACAGCGUUUUUAAGCCCCUUCCAAGGGUUUUCUGUAAGCCUCUAUUAAGGUGCUGCAAAGUACUUUAGAACAUUCAAAGCAGAAUCUCUCACUACAGUCUCACUUCCUGAACUAUUAUUUAACAGUGGGGUUUGGAUUUUGGAUAGAUAGCACUAAAAACUCCAAUUUUCUUUAACGUCUUUUGAUUCUGAAAAAAGAGGCAAUUUAGCAGUAUGAUGACCAUUCUAGAAAUAUAUCCAUUGUAUUUUCCCCCUACAUUAGCUAUCUCCCAGUGGUCAGAAAAGAAGAUUUUUUACAUCUAUUCACUGGUGACUACCAUCAGGAUGGUUGGUUAUUCAAGACAAUUUCCCAAGAUAUGCAGGGUUUAUAACAGUGGUGGGCAACCUGCGGCCCAUCAGGGUAAUCUGAUAGCGAG